GAAAAUUUGGCUCAAAACCCAAUAUGUCUGUUUAGAUGAGAGUAAAUAAUCUCCUCUUUAGAUCUUAGAUUUUACUGAAAGAACUGAGGCAAACUUUAACUGUUCAUGUUCUGAAAGAGAAAAAAGAAGGGGCAAAAGAAAGGCAAUGGUCGAAAUUCCAAAACCCCAAAACUAGUUUGGGAAGCGACUUUACCUUUGGAAAUUAGUUUCUUCUUCACUUAUAAAAACAACAAAGACAAGCCCUCCUCUCUUCAAUGUGUGUGUUAAGACCAAACACCAAAGCCUUCCCUUUUGUUUUUUUUUUUUUUUUUUGUCUCUAUCGAGAGGUAAUUCAACGUGUGGUAUUGUAAUUGGUUGGUAAUCCAACAAGGUACAGCUCACCUAAUCUUUUUAACAAUUCCCCCAGAUGGAAGCUGUAUCAGCUACAAUGAAAGCCAUUAACUUCCCUGCAACUUCCACCGUCCCCAGAGCAACUGUUUCUAUUACGGUGGCCUCACCAUGGUCACAGACCAAAAUCAACAUGCUUCCCUUUUAUGCCCCAAAUCCCAACACCAGAUUCAGCUCAAUUUGUCUCCCUCGCUGUUCUACAAAACCAAACACUGACACUAACAACGAAACUGACCAAAAUCCAACUUUUGAACCCAAUCCCAGUCUAACCACUGAGAAGCAAUCAAGCGCUGUUUCAGAUGAGGUAAUCCCCUCUUCUUCAAUGCCCCCUUCUUCUCUUUCUAGAGGUUUAGUGCUUGAUUUGGGUCCUGUUGGUUCUUGGGACUGCAAAGAUAUUGGUUCACCAGUGGUUAAAAGGUUCCUUAGUGAUGAGGAAGAAAGAUGGUAUAUGUGGUACCAUGGAGUUUCCACUGAUACCCAAGGUUCAGAUUCCAUAGGGUUAGCAGUUUCAAGCAAUGGGGUUCAUUGGGAGAGAGGUAAAGGUGCAGUGAAAUCAAGUGCAGAUGUUGGUUUGGUCAUGAGUUGUGGCAAUGAUUGGUGGGCUUUUGACACACAGAGCAUUAGGCCUGGUGAGAUAGUCAUCAUGUCUAGUGCUAAAGUGAGAGCCUCAAGUGCUGUUUAUUGGCUUUACUACACUGGCUACAGCAAUGAGAAGGUGGAUAUUUCAGCUGAUUCUUUAGGAUUCAAUGUGCAAAACCCUGAAAAUCAAAGUAGCCAAACUGGGGAAGUGUUGAGGUCUUUACCAGGUUUGGCAAUCAGUCAAGAUGGAAGGCAUUGGGCUAGGAUUGAAGGGGAGCAUUAUAGUGGAGCAUUGUUUGAUGUAGGGUCCGAGGGAGAUUGGGAUUCAUUGUUCAUAUCAUCACCACAAGUUGUUUUCCAUGGGAAUGGUGAUCUAAGAAUGUACUAUCACUCAUUCGACGUGGGAAAUGGGGCUUUUUGCAUUGGGAUGGCAAGGUCAAGAGAUGGGAUGAAAUGGAUAAAGCUAGGGAAGAUAAUGGGAAGUGGGCCAAAGGGAUGCUUUGACGAACUUGGAGCAAUGAAUCCCUAUGUAGUUAAGAACAAGAAAGAUGGAAACUAUGUGAUGGCAUAUGAAGGUGUUGGUGCUGAUGGGAGGAGAAGCAUUGGACUGGCAGUGUCAGUUGAAGGAUUGAAAGAUUGGAGAAGGGUUGAAGAUGAAGCAGUGCUGAAACUAGCAACAAUGGAGGAUGGAUGGGACAGUAAAGGGAUUGGAUCACCAUGUUUGGUGGAAAUGGAUGGUGACGUUGAUGAAUGGAGAUUGUAUUACAGAGGUAUUGGUAAUAGUGGCCGAUGUGGGAUUGGAAUGGCUGUUUCUGAUGGAAGUGAUAUUACAAGGUUUAGAAGAUGGAAAGGGUUUCAAGUAUAAAGUUCAAUUUCAGUGCUAUGAUUUUGGACCAUCUUUGUCCUAAUUUGUGCUCAUUCAAGUUACAUCUUUUUUAUGUAAUGCUAUUUCAUGUAAUAAUCUUUAUAUAUUUCCAUUUACAUAUGAUGAAACCAAUGAUAUCAUCUCAAA